AUGGCGGCGAUUACGCCCAUUCCCUCGGGCGACGAUCUUGGCGAACCCAACGGCACUACUACGCAGCCACAACCCGAUUUCGCCCAAUCACAAAGCCAGCCGUCUAUCGAUCUUACGGGCGACGAUUCAGACGGAGACGAUGUCGUGGAGACCUCGAACGGUGUCCACAAGGCGAACGGGAACACGACAUCCAGAUCUCCUCAGACUUCAAUGUUCUCGGGCGCACGGGCCCCAGAGAGCCAAGACGGCUCUCCCUCGACUCAGUUCCUGCCCAAACCCAAGCAGCAGCUACCGAACGUUCGUUCGCCAUUCAGUCAUUCCCCAUACAUGCCCUCCAAUCCUACGCCAGGUUCAAGCCGUUCGUUAUACAAUCAGACUGUCAGCGGCUGGGCCCCUGGGAAAGCCGUUCACGGCAAUGGCAUGGUGCAGCCUCCGGCUCCGCCCCCUAUCAACGCGGGUGUCAACUCUUCUUCAGCCAUUGACCUCACCUCCCGAAACAUUCCCUCUCCCCCGCCUCAAGUCUACGAUGACAAGCACCCGAUUUGUAUUGGGUCUCUUCGUUCUAGUGCCCUCAUGCUAUACCCCUGUCCCGCCGUGGUGGUGGGCGCAGUGCCUCCUCCUGGUACGAGAGAACGGUAUGACAUUGUGGAGCACAGAGGCGUUGAGUUCAUCAAAGUGAAACUCAAGUAUCGUGCCUCUGGUACAUUGGCUAGAAAGGAAGAUCCCGAGUCUGUCCUGCCCCGGGACAUAAUACAGGUCUUGACUCCUAGCUUGACAGUCUACAUUGGUGAUCUUGACGCACGGGUUGCUAUGCCUCUAGCGUCUCUUAUGGCCCGGGGCCUCUGUCGACUGGAAGGUUUCGUCCCACGGCUGCAUGAGGAAGCGCCCCAAUACCAAGUACACGUUGACGUUCUUGUCUUCACUCUACCAUCCAAUAUCAACUACAUUGCCGAAUUCCUGACCAACCACAAUCUCUUCUUGCUGGACCCCAUCCCACCGUACGAUCCUGCUCGGCAUUCUGAUCACCCGCCUUAUCGCAAUGCCCAUGGCAGUGGAGAACAAGCUCAACGAAUGCUGGCCAUGGCGCAGAGGCGAGCUUUGACUGGGGAGUUUGUCUUUUCUGAUAAGGAGAGGGACAAAACGACGCAAGUGGAGGUGCAGAGAAAGCAGGUUGAAGAGGUGUUCAAGACCUUGGACGAUGGCAUGGAAUUGGAGCAGAGUGAUCCGGGGCCUCUGAUCAAGACCCACCUCUUCCCGCAUCAACGGAAAGCUCUCACUUUUUUCCUUCAGAGAGAACAGGAUUCGUCGUGUUUGCGUCAAUGCAAAAAGGCAGCGAAGAAGCUUUUGAAGAAGAGGGGCGAGUCAGAAAUGGAGGCGGAAGAGGAAAAGGCAAGGAAAAGAGAUGAGGAUGAAGGGCAUGGGUCGUUGUGGGAAUACACCAGAGACGAUAAGGGAAAGAUCAGGUCGUGGAAGAAUAGGAUUACAGGUGAAGAGCUUCGAGGAAAAAAGGGCAAGUCAACGGAUUGUAAAGGAUCGUUGCUCGCGGAUGAUAUGGGGUUGGGUAAAACACUUUCUGUCGUUUCCCUCAUUGCUGCCACCAGGAGCUCUGCUCGGGAAUACGCCCGCUCCAAACCUGAGCCCGCCAGGGAGAGCCCCAAGCAAGCUGAGGAAGACGUCGAGAUGCAGGCCGGACAAUUCCGAACCAAAGUAUUUGGUAUGCCUGAUAUUAGUGAACAGCAGCGUCUCGACGCAGACAGCAAGAAACGAAAGCGCGACGAGGAUCAGACCAUCGACGUAGCUGCUCGCCGCGCCCGUAUCGCUUGCCGGUCAAAGGCCACCUUGUUAAUCACACCUAUGUCUACGAUAUCCAAUUGGGAAGAUCAAAUCAAAGAGCAUUGGAAUGGCCCUGUUGAAAUCGUCGGCGGUGCUUCAGGUGUCAUGCCCCCUAAAAAGAUUGAACGCAAAUGGAAACCGCCGAAGGCCAAUGGCGAGGAGUCGGACAAUGAAGAUUUGGAUAAUUUUGAUCUACUUCGAAUCUACAUCUACCACGGACCCUCUCGUCGGCCCGAUCCGAAAUUCAUUUCCGAGUUUGACAUUGUGAUUACUUCUUUCAACACCCUUGCGAACGAAUAUUCCAAGCAAAGCGGUUCCGAUACCGAAAGCAAUACUCCCGGCGAGACUGCCAAUAACAGCGGCGAUGAUGUUCCUGACAACAAAAAGGUGGACACUGCCAUCAAGCCUGGCGAGGUUGCCGCUGCGAUCAAGGGCGGUAAGAAGGGAAGGGGAAAAGCGAAGGGGAUGGAGACUAGUCCCUUGCAAGCUAUCGAUUGGUUCCGUGUCGUAUUGGAUGAAGCACACUACAUCAAAACCGCUUCCACUGUUGCUUCCCAAGCUGCUUGUGCCCUCGAAGCGGAUCGCCGCGUUGCUCUAUCUGGCACGCCAAUUCAGAACAAGAUAGAGGACGUCUGGGCUCUCUUCAAGUUUAUCCGCAUCUCCCCUGUUGAUGACAAGGAAGUCUUUACAAAAUACAUCGCCUUACCGUGUAAAUACGGCGAACAAAUCGGUGUUGCUAGGCUACAGCUUGUUAUGCGAUGCUGCACUCUACGACGCACCAAAGAGUCGCAGCACGAAGAUGGAUCUAAAAUCCUCAAUCUUCCUCCUCGUAGUGAGCGUCAGAUGUGGCUCACACUACGCGAGGACGAACGACAAGUCUAUGACGAGCGAGCUUCGCGAGCCAAGAACAAGCUUGGAGAGCUGAAGGCCAACAAUGAGACAAGCAAAAUAUAUGUCAACAUGCUUCAAGAAGUUCUUCGUCUACGUCAAAUCUGUGAUCAUGUCGACCUUGCAAUGUUGGGGCCGGUCGAAGAAGACUAUGAUGGGACAAUCAUGGACUACGAAGUGGCGGUAUCAGGUAUCGAGAAGCACGGUCUCACUCAGCAAAGGGCAGUCGCGGUAGUCUGCUCUCAGAAAGAGGGUGAAGGGGCCAACUGUGUUAGCUGUGGAUUCGACUUUGGCGAGUGGUUCCCAUGGAUCGGACUCGGCGGUGUGGAGGAAGAAAAGGAGAAGCCAAAGGUCAAAAAGUUGACCAACAAGCCAUUGUUGACAAAAUGUCUUCACCUCUUCUGUCCCGCAUGUUUCAAGAACAGCGUCUACCCUGAAUACUCCAAACGCUCCAAGACAACCGUUGCCCGUGCUUGCAGUUGUUGCAAUACCAUGAUUCGUCUUCCCUCAGACGUCAUCGAAGUCCUUCCUCCUGAUUCUGUUGAUGCUGCUGAGCAAGCCCUUGGCGAGCAGGUCGCCAAGCGAGGCGCCCGCAAGAAGUACGUCAGGCAGCCCGGAGAGAAGCUCAAUCUGUCGACAAAGAUGCAGUUCUUGCAUGACGAGCUGCUGCGAUUUUCCAAGAAAAAUCCUCACUCUGCUCAUUACGAUCCGUUUGCGAUGGAUACCGAGGAUGAUGUGGAGGAGAUGGAUGCCGAGGGGAAACCUUUUGUGACCAAAAGCGUCGUCUUUUCUCAGUGGACUACCAUGCUUGAUCGGAUUUGUGACAUGCUUGACGAGACCAACAUCAGAUACGCCCGGCUGGAUGGCACCAUGACUAGAGAGGAACGAUCCAAAGCCAUCGAUGCCCUCAAGUACAAGAAGAACGUCGAAGUGCUCUUGGUGUCCACGAGGGCUGGUGGUGUGGGCUUGAAUCUGACAGUGGCGUCAAGGUGUUAUCUUGUGGAUCCUUACUGGAAUCCUUCCGUUGAAUCUCAAGCUAUCGACCGUAUUCACCGUAUGGGUCAAACUCGACCGGUCGUGGCCAUCAAAUUGAUGAUCAAGGACUCGAUUGAGGAGAAGCUAGAUAAGAUUCAGAAGAAGAAGGCGGAUCUGGCGACACUAUCGUUGAAGACGAUGACUCGAAAAGAGCUCUUGGCUCAAAAGUCGGAAGAACUUGUCAGUUUGUUCAGCUAG